CUCUUUCUCCUCACCAACACCACCCGUCACCACCACCGCCGCCAUCCCAUCCCAUCCCAAGGGCCCUCCCUCCGCUUCAAUCCCCGACCCGGUUCCGAUCGUGCGACUGGCCCCGGAGUCCCGGAACUUCCUUGGCUGCGCUUUCCAUCCCAGAGACCUACCUUGCUUUUCCUCUCGCCCGCCUGGACCUCCCUUCGAUCGAAACCGGCCGUUGAUCUCGAUCCCCGAUCCAAUCCCGCCCCGACGGCAACAAUGACGGAGGUAUCAGCCACCCGGCUGUACUUGGGGAACCUCCCUCGCAAUGCUACCAAGGCCGAUGUUGAGGCUCACUUUGCGACUCAUGGCACCGGAGAAAUCACCGAGGUCAAGCUGAUGAACGGCUUCGGCUUCAUCGAAUACAAGGACCCUAUGGAUGCCCGCGACGUUGUCCCGGCCUUCCACGGAUCUGAUUUUAUGGGAGAACGACUCACCGUCCAGUUUGCCCGCGGUUCCCGGCACCGGGAGGGCACCUUCGGCACCCAUGAGCGCGCUGCGCCACGGCCUCGUCGAACCCCUCACCGGAUGCAGAUUACGGGACUUCCAAACGAAACCAGUUGGCAGGACCUCAAAGACUUUGCCCGUCAAUCUAGCCUUGACGUUGUCUACUCUGAGACUGGCCGAGAGUCUAACGGCCGAGGAUUUGUCGAGUUUGAGACCGCUGCAGACCUGAAGACUGCUGUGGAGAAGCUCGAUGGCCGCGAGUUCAAGGGACAGCGGGUUCAAUGUGUUGCUGACACCCAGCCUGAUGUACCCCAGCGCGAGCGCGGACGCUCCCGGUCUCCCAGCCGUCGACCCUACCCCCCUCCCAUGGACGACUAUGACCGCCGCGGCCCUCCUCGUGGCUAUAGCCCCCGUCGAGACGGAUAUGGUUACCGCGACCGAAGCCCACGACGCGAGUACUACGAAGACCGAGCUCGGUACCGAUCGCCUCCUCGCCGUCCCAUGGAAGAGUACCCCGCUGCUCGUGGACGCUACGAUGACCCUUAUCGCCGGGACUACCCUCCCCCACCUGACCCUUAUGCCAACGGCCGGCCACCCUAUGACCGACCUCCCCGAGACUUCCCUCCCCGCGAGGGCGGAUAUCCGCGGGAAGGAUACCCGCGCGAGUAUGAGCGUGGCGGGCGUUACUGAUGACUACCCUGCUCGGAUGCACCAACUGUGGCAUGCGCAUUCUUUUUCGACUAGCGAACGGACUGGAUCUGGGAUUUGCAGCAGAUAGGCAGGUACGGCGGAUAACUUGACAUGACCAGAGAGCGCUACUUCGAUACGGUUAUAUGAGAUUGGAAUGAGGUGGUGGGACCGGAACUGUGCUUGACGAAGACAACGAAGGAGAUGGCACUGGAAGGGGGCGCUGCGAUUGCAAAUACGGGAACUUGGGUAAUAUGAUCACAGUGUAUGAUUACCAGGACGGCUGCGAUGCUUCUUCCGCGUUUAGCUCUUUUGUUUCCUUUUGUGCGUAUAAGUUUAUCUUUUGGUGGGCAAAUACCUACUUUCGUUUGGACCCGUUCGUUUCGAGUUAAGGCAGCAGUUCUUACAACGAAAAGCACAAUCAGACUUUAGCAAAAAGGAAAACCA